AUGGAUCCAUCGGAUUUGACAAUUAAAAAUAAGUACGAGAAUACUGCACUCUGCUUUGCUGUUGCUUCUGGUAUUACAAAAAUUGCUGAGUUAAUGGUCGCAAAAAACGGUUAUUUGCCAAUGAUAAGAGGUAGCAAGGGAGUUACACCCCUACACAUGGCUGCUUUAUUAGGAUAUAGAGACAUGGUCUGGUAUCUUUCUUCAGUAACGGAUAGCCAAUCUCUUACUGAAGAGGAUUAUGUUGGGCUACUAAUUGCAACUAUUAGCUCUGAUUUAUAUGAUGUUGCUCUGCUUGAACACAAACCAGAACUAGCCAUUAAACGGGAUCCCAAUGGCGAGACAGCACUUCAUGUUCUAGCACGAAAGCCUUCAGCAUUUUCAGGCAAAAGCGAACUAGGAUUCUGGCAGAGAUGUGUAUACCGCUGUGUGAGUGCAAAACUGUGGAACAGGUCUGGUCGUACUAGCACCUUCAGACUUCUCAAUCGUGUUAUGAACCUAACAGGAAUCCAGGGAGUUAUUGAGAAAAAGUUUAAGCAAUCCCAAGCCCUGGAGUUGGUAGAGUGCUUGUGGAAACAGGUUCUCUUCUUAUUGGAUGACUCAGAAAUUGGGAAGUUACUCAGGAGCCCUUCACGACCAUUAUUCAUAGCUGCAGAAUUUGGAAACUUUCAGUUCAUUAGGGAGCUUAUUCUCCAAUAUCCUGAUCUCAUUUGGAAAGUUGAUGAGGAAAGUCGAAGCCUUUUUCAUAUUGCGGUUAUUCAUCGCCAAGAACAAAUCUUCAAACUUCUUUAUGACAUAGGAGCGCACAAAGAUUUGAUCACAUCCUAUAAGAGCACCAACAAUUGUAACAUGUUACACUUGGCUGCAAACUUGGCUCCUUCAAAUAGACUUAAAAUUGUCUCUGGUGCAGCACUUCAAAUGCAACGGGAGUUGCUGUGGUUUAAGGAAGUUGAGAAGAAUAUGCAGCCAUUAUACAAGGAAAUGAAAGACUCAGAAGGUAGAACACCCCAAAUGCUAUUUACUCAGGAACACAAGGGAUUAGUCAAGAAUGGGGAGAAAUGGAUGAAGGAUACAACUUCAUCCUGCAUGCUUGUUGCAACACUUAUUACUACAGUAAUGUUUGCUGCAAUUUUUACAGUACCAGGAGGCAACAACAAUAGUACAGGAACCCCUAUGUUCCUUGAGGACAAGUCAUUUAUAAUUUUCUGCAUAGCAGAUGCACUUGCUCUGUUCUCCUCUGUGACAUCUAUAUUGAUGUUCUUAUCUAUCCUCACCUCGCGUUAUGCUGAAGAAGAUUUCCUUGAGUCCUUGCCGAAGAGGCUGAUUAUUGGCCUAACAACUCUUUUCUUUUCUAUGGCAUCAAUGCUAAUGGCUUUUAGUGCUAGCAUUUUCAUCGUGGUUGGACAUCAACUGGCUUGGAUUAUUAUCCCGAUUGCUCUCACUGCUUGUGUUCCAGUUACGCUAUUUGCAUUCUUACAGUUUCCUUUGUUGGCUGAUGUUAUGCAUUCUACUUAUGGAUCAGGAAUAUUUUCCAUUGAAAGGAAGGAGACACUUUAUUAG